AACAUAGUUGCAUCCCUUUUCUCACUACAUGUGAGACAAGUCAACAGUCUCAAACAAGGAUUAUAUUUUAAUAUUUCUAAGAUACAACUUAUGUAAGGGCGGACUAUAAAAUACGUCUUUAAUCAAGUACCUAUCUUCUAUCCAUCAAGUGCAUACUCAUCAAUCAUUACAUCUAGCUGGAUUAUGCUUGCAUAAGUUGGCAACUUUAAGUUGCAAGUGAAAAAUUGGCCAGUGUGAUCAAGUUUUGAAUUACAAUGACGGAGGAUGAUAAUUAUACAAAAGAUGGAACUGUAGAUUAUCUUGGAAAUCCAGCCAAUAAAAAACAAACCGGAACCUGGAAGGCCUGUCCUUUUAUUUUAGGGAAUGAAUGUUGUGAGAGAUUGGCUUAUUAUGGGAUGAGCACAAAUCUGGUGCUUUAUUUUAAGAAGCAGCUAAAUCAGCACAGCGCGACUGCUUCUAAGAAUGUUUCUAAUUGGAGUGGAACAUGCUACAUCACACCACUAAUUGGAGCAUUUUUGGCUGAUUCCUAUCUGGGAAGAUAUUGGACAAUUGCAUGUUUUUCAAUAAUCUAUGUUAUUGGAAUGACACUCUUGACAUUGUCUGCAUCAGUUCCUGGCAUAAAACCAACAUGUCAUGGAGAAGAAAACUGCCAUGCUACUGAUGGACAGAGUGCUGUGUGCUUCGUAGCUCUUUACCUGAUAGCGCUCGGCACUGGUGGGAUCAAGCCUUGUGUUUCAUCCUAUGGAGCAGAUCAGUUUGAUGAUGCUGAUGUGGUUGAGAAGGAACACAAGAGUUCUUUCUUCAACUGGUUCUAUUUCUCAAUCAACAUUGGUGCUCUCAUUGCUUCUUCUUUACUGGUCUGGAUUCAAGAUAAUGUGGGUUGGGGAUGGGGCUUUGGGAUCCCAGCAGUGGCUAUGGCUGUUGCAGUGGUGAGUUUCUUUUCGGGAACAAGGUUGUAUCGGAAUCAGAAGCCUGGAGGCAGCCCCCUCACGCGUAUGUGCCAGGUGGUAGUGGCAUCCAUGAGAAAGUGCGGAGUUCAAGCACCUGAUGACAAGUCUCUUUUAUAUGAGAUUGCUGACACAGAGUCUGCUAUCAAAGGAAGCCGCAAGCUUGACCACACAAAUGAGCUAAGUUUUUUUGACAAAGCAGCAGUGGUAGUACAAUCAAGUGAUCAGAAGGACUCAGUAGACCCAUGGAGACUUUGCACUGUAACACAAGUGGAAGAACUAAAAUCCAUUUUAAGAAUGCUUCCUGUAUGGGCCACAGGCAUCAUAUUUGCCACUGUCUAUGGUCAGAUGAGCACCUUAUUUGUGUUGCAGGGACAAACCAUGAACACUCAUGUUGGCAACUCCAACUUCAAAAUCCCACCAGCAGCACUUUCUAUCUUUGACACACUCAGCGUCAUAUUUUGGGUCCCAGUGUACGACUGGAUCAUCGUGCCGAUUGCAAGAAAGUUCAGCGGCCACAAAAACGGCCUAACUCAGCUCCAGAGAAUGGGAAUUGGCCUCUUCAUAUCCAUAUUCGCCAUGGUGGCUGCAGCAAUCUUGGAGGUCAUUAGACUUAGAAUGGUGAGGAGGCACAAUUACUAUGAACUUAAGGAGGUACCCAUGUCAAUAUUUUGGCAGGUUCCUCAGUAUUUCCUUAUAGGUUGUGCAGAAGUGUUCACAUUCAUUGGUCAGUUGGAGUUCUUCUAUGAGCAAGCCCCUGAUGCCAUGAGAAGCCUGAGUUCUGCUCUCUCACUACUAACUGUUUCACUUGGACAGUACUUGAGCUCUCUGCUUGUGACUAUUGUGACAAAGAUCAGUACUAAGAAUGGUGGUUCUGGAUGGAUACCUGAUAAUCUAAAUUAUGGUCAUGUUGAUUAUUUCUUCUGGCUAUUGGCAGUGCUAAGUGUGCUGAAUUUGAUUGUAUACCUUCCGGUGGCUAAGUUGUACACAUAUAAAAGAACAGUGGGAACUCUCCGCUGAAAUGCGGAAGUUUCAAUACACAAGACAUAGGAAGUUUCCUUCACAAGGCUUGUUUUCACGCAUACUGUUUGAUAUGGUCAAUCAUAUCAGCAUAUUGUAAUCUCUGUGUCAGAUCCUUGAACCUUUUCAAAUUGUUGCAAAGUUUAUAUUGUGACUGCUUACAAAA